AUGGUGAACGCCACAGAUCCAGACCAGGGCACAGGAGGCAGCGUUCUCUUCUCCUUUCAGCCCCCUUCUCCCUUCUUCUCCAUCGACGGGGCCCGGGGCACCGUCACCGUCACCAAGCCCCUGGACUACGAGACCACCUCAGCCUACCAGCUCACUGUCAACGCCACGGAUCAAGACAAAGCGAGACCCCUGUCCCGGCUGGCCAACUUAGCCAUCACCAUCACUGAUGUCCAGGACAUGGACCCCAUUUUCACUAACUUGCCCUACAGCACCAACAUAGAGGAGGAUGUGCCUCUGGGCCACGUCGUGCGUAAGAUAACAGCCAUUGACCAGGAUCUUGGGCGACCGAGGGGCAUCGGCUACACCAUCAUCGCAG